AUGGCUGACAAGAUUCAUCCCGAGGGUGAAAAGGUCGCCGACAUCUCCGGACACCAUGAGGAGCGCGGCACCGGCCAGCCUGAUCCUGUCGAGCUGAGCCGUAACAUUGAAGCGAAGAUCAAGAACCCACUUGAGGGAAUCACUUACGAUCAGCUCAUGCGUGACGUCGAUGUCUUCUGCCAAGAGCACGGCCUACAGGAAGAGAUCACCGUUUUCCGCAAGGGCGCACUUGUUGCCCAAGACCCGGAGAACUACGAGAACAUUGACGGCACCGAAGCCCUGAACGAGGCCGAGAUCACGGCGCUCCGUGAAGAGGUUACGCACAAGUGGCGCUUGCCCAAGAAACUCUACCUGACCAUCAUCACCUGCUCUAUUGGUGCUGCUGUCCAGGGAUGGGAUCAGACCGGUACCAACGGCGCCAACAUCUUCUUCCCCGAAGAGUACGGCAUCGCGAGCAACAGCACCCGAGACCGUCUUAUCUUAGGUCUCGUGAACGCUGGCCCCUACCUCGGAUCCGCUCUCUGUGGCUGCUGGCUGUCUGAUCCUCUCAACCAUUAUUUCGGUCGCCGCGGUGUCAUCUUCUUCUCUGCCCACUUCUGCAUCUGGCCUCUCAUCGGUUCUGCGUUCAGCCACAACUGGCAACAGCAGCUUGUGAACCGUCUUCUCAUGGGAAUCGGUAUGGGCGCCAAGGCCUCGACUGUUCCAAUCUAUGCCGCUGAGAACUCCCCACCGUCCAUCCGUGGUGCUCUAGUUAUGUCUUGGCAAAUGUGGACAGCUUUCGGUAUCGCAUUAGGAACGGCUUUUAACCUGGCCGUCUACUACGCCAAGUACAACUGGCGCCUCAUGCUUGGUGCUCCGUUCCUUCCCGCCGUCCCCCUCCUCCUGUUGAUCUACUUGUGCCCCGAGUCACCUCGUUGGCUCAUGAAGAAGGGUCGCUACCACGACGCCUGGAAGUCCAUGAUCCAACUCCGACACAACCCGAUCCAAUGCGCUCGCGACAUGUACGCCAUCCACGCUCAGCUGCAGCUUGAGAGUAAGGUUUUGGGCAAGAGCAACUACGCCAGCCGCUUCAAGGAGCUCUUCACCAUUCCCCGUGUGCGCCGCGCCAACUUGGCUGCUUUUACCGUCAUGAUUGCCCAGCAGAUGUGUGGCAUCAACAUUAUCGCCUUUUACUCCACCACCAUCUUCAAGGACGCCAAGAUGGGUGACUUCGAAGCUCUGCUCGGUUCCUUCGGUUUCGGCAUGGUCAACUGGCUGUUUGCCUUCCCGGCUUUCUGGACCAUCGAUACCUUUGGCCGCCGAUCUCUACUCUUGUUCACCUUCCCCCAGAUGACCUGGACUCUCUUGGCGGCUGGUCUCUGUACGCUGAUCGCGCCUGGCGUCACCCGUACCGCCCUGGUUUCCCUCUUUGUCUACCUGUUCGGUGCCUUUUACUCCCCUGGCGAGGGUCCCGUGCCAUUCACCUACUCAGCCGAGGUCUACCCCCUGUCUCACCGUGAAAUGGGUAUGGGUUUCGCCGUCGCCACUUGCCUUUUCUGGGCUGCCAUCUUGGGCAUGACGUUCCCUUUCAUUCUCGACAGACUCAAGGUCGUUGGCGCAUUCGGCCUCUAUGCUGGUUUCAACGUUGUCGCCUUCAUCAUGAUCUUGUUUUGGGUUCCGGAGACCAAGCAGCGCACCCUCGAGGAGCUUGAUUGGGUCUUUGCUCUCCCCACCAGUCGUUUCGCCGCCUAUCAGGUCACCAAGGCCAUCCCCUACUUCAUCAGGCGCUGGGUCUUCUUCGACCGUAGUGCUAAGCUGGAACCCCUCUACACCUUUCAGCAGCCCAACCGAACCGAGCGGGUUCACAGCUCCGACGAGGAGAAGAAGACCUACUAG